AUGACACAGCAGCCGCGCGACAGCGCCGCGCAACAACGUCCCGACAAACGCGGAGCACUCGACGGCGACAAAAGCCGACACCCGCCCCUCGCCCCGCGCACCCUCACCCACGCGGCGAAACUCCGCACGUCAGGAACCGCGCCGGACACGACGCCCACGAUCCGCACGUCACCUGGGGAUCGCCCGCGCACGCACGACCACGCCCGAGCACCCCGCGCACGGAGAGGCCGACCCCAGCCUCCAGCACACUCGUUGAGCCCCGGCACGAGGCCCCCCGCAGCUCCAAGGCACGAGUCCGACGCGCCACCUCCGACACUUGCUGCGGCUCAAGGCGACCCCGCCGAUCGCCGCCACCAAUGUCCCGGCUCUAGCACACCUCGCGGAACACCCCCCUGCACUCGCGGACCCCCGGAGGGCCACGCACUCCCCGCAGAGGACGCCGAACGAGGAGGCGAUCCGACACGUCACGGCGCGAACGACAAUAUGGUGACUCUACUGCCGCGCCCUACCGCCGCGUUCACAUCACCUAGGGAAAAACCGCCGCUAAAGCGGCGUUAUGUCACGCACAAAGACGCGCAAAACUGCCGCGCCGACGGACACGAGCGGCCAGCGGCCACCGCACCCCGCGGCCAGCACGACACCGCGAAUCACCACGGCUUUGAAGAAAGCGCGGGAUCGCCCGUCACCCGCGCAAAAGACGCUACACUACGUAGCCCGUCCCGAAGACGAGCACGAGCACGCCGCACGGGGCCAAGGCACACGGUGCACGACGACCACCAACCACCCGACCGCGGCACACACAACGACGUAAAGGCGUCCCUUAAACAGGCCCAGAAGGGCACCGCGACUGUAUAA